GAUGGACAUUGUGCAUAAAGGUCCAAUGCGGACGUUUUUAUCUCAAUAUCAAAUAAUUUCUUAUGUGUAACAAAUUAAUGAAAUCAUUAAAAUUGUCAAAUUAUCAAAAACAGCCUCUUAGCUAAAUGUAAUUUCUCAAGCAAUAAUUUUGCUAGGACUGUCUGGGAGUGGUCUGAGAGAGGGGCCUAAUUGGAGGAGCCUAAUGAUAGGGAUUUGUAACCUAAAAACGAGUUAUUGGCAGAGAAGAGGGCAAACAAUAUUUUCAAACAGCUCUUUGACUAAAAGUGCAUUUUCAUUAUUUCCCAGUGUUAUUUCAACCUCAUAGUCGGGAUAUAUAUAAAGCACAGUAAAAUCACGUGUUUGACUGCACUGGGCCUUUAAGGCAUCUCAUAGGACUGAAUUUACGGCAAUUGGCAGAAUCCUUCCGGACGUAGUUUGUGAUGCACCAAAAUAGCUGCUGUCCAUUUUCGUGCUGAAUGUUUUUUUUUUUUUUAAGAACUUGCGAAGUGUGGGUUUAAACUUAGCGAGUAAAUAUAAUCGAAUACAUUUUAGGAGUAAGAACUUGAGUUGACGACGGUGACGUUUUCAGUAUGUUUGCGAAGUCCAACACAGUGAUUAAACGCUCCGAUAGGCGAGGAGUCACUCGUUCCACAUUAAACUCAACGAUUUACAAUGGAGUUGAGCGACGACGAGUAGUGUGGUGGGCCGACUGGAGCUCCGACGUUUUAAUGGAAAAAAACGACACAUUUCAGCACCCAAAGAAUAGGCAGCAAUUACACACGAUAUUUUCUAUUCGCCGCUCAACUCAACAGGCAUCCAGCCUCUUUGGUAGCUAGAAAGGUACCCAGACAGCCAGAGUGAGAGGAGUCUGGAAAAGACAUGCAAUUUCAUAUAUGCUAGAUUGUGACUGAGACCUGUAGGACGUUCCAUUUGAUUUCAAUCACUUUUUGACCGCACCCCUUUUUAAUUUGAACAAAACCUCCCAUACAUAUUUGCUCAUGGUAGAAGUGGUCAGAAAGUGACUCUUAGGACCUGAAUGCCAAAACAUUCAGUAGAGGAGGUGCCUAAAGUUGGCCAUUUUUGCAUACUCCACCAUACCAUGAGGCAUCCAUGUCUUCAUCAGUGGAAAAGAUUAACGGUCGAGUUUUAUAUAAUUUUAAAGCUUACAAUAAUUUUUUCAAACUAUUUGAUCAUUUCUAUAACUUUAAAUUGUUUUUGUAUCUUUAACUUAAAUUAUCAAAAAAUGCAUAAACUCAGAUUAUUUUCAAUUUUCGCCUAUGUUGUAGUUUAUGUGGCGUUAAAACAACUGGGAACUCUGAACAUUACCAGGUCAAAUCAUGACAUCAGUGAUCUUCAGGUCAGAAAGUAGGAGCUCUAGAAAGAGGCCCGAAUUCCGAGUUGGAUGACUGUUCAAAUAGAUUUUUUCCCCAGUCGGCUCUCUCUUUUCUUCGAGGUCCAAGUUGUUUUUAAUGCACUUAAGUCAGAGUUCCGAGCCCCCAGUUAUUUUGAACACAGCAUUAGACCCUAUUUUAUAUCAUCCGAAGUGUUUGAGUUUUGGCCGCCAUCGGUUGAAACCAUAGAGAUAGAUAAGAGGACUCGGCUUUGUGUCUGUGACAGCAUGGGCAGUGCCAUUGAGGCACAUCUCCAUUUGACGUAGUCCAUUUUCAUGACUCCAACAGGGUCACCAGGAGAGAUCAGCCAAUGAAGUUGGAAGUCAUACCUGUUGACUACAUUAAAAUGGUGGAAGCCCUCAAUGAUACCUCCCAUGCUAAUACAGCUUUUUGGCCACUAUGAUUCAUUAUGAUUGAGACAGCAUGCUCUUAACACAAGGUGGGUGUUAAAUGUACUAAAAUGGGAAUCAAAUGGUACACAAAGAUGGUUGGAUGUCUACACAUCAGAUAAUAUUGACUUGAAUGGGAAUAUCAGUUCUUUUAAAGUACACUGUCAAUCUUCCAUAGGAAACCUAUUGAAAUCAUAUAAAUAUUGAUAAUAGAAUAGACAUUCCCAUUUAAGUUGACAUUCAACGAUGGGUGGACCAACGGCCAUCUUUGUGGUAGUAAUUAAAUUACAAUUUCUAAAUUGCAGUGGUCUGAAGGAUAGGAUCAUUCUAUUAAUUACAUUUCUAUGAUUGAAAUGACACCCACCCUGAUAUCAAACUCAACCGUUCGUAUUUUCCAGUGAUGAAGACAUGUAUGUCUCAUGGUAUGGUGUGGUAUGCAAAAUGGGUAAACUUUCGGCACAAAUCUCCUGAACGUUUUUGCAUUCAGGUCCAAAAAGUCACUUUCUGACCACUUCUAACAUGGGCAAAUAUGUAUGGAAAGUUCCAUUCAAAUGUCAAGGGUGAGGUCAAAAAGUGAUUGAAAUCAAAUGGAAUAACCCCUGUUCAAUUUUCUAGAGUCACACUCACAAACAACUAAAGAUGUACAUAGUGCUUAUAAUUCACUUAGGAUUUUUGUGGAAUGAAGCAUCACAACAUUUCCUGAAAACCUUUUCACAUAGAUUACAACAAUAUUUCAUAUUGACACUCUACCCACCUUAGGAGGAAGCUGAAAGCUGACAUAUCCACAGCCUUUCCCUCUCUGUGCAGGAACUGUCCGAGUUGGUCCCAAACAAAGAGGAGCUGAAUGUAGUGAAGAUCUAUGCCCACAAGGGAGAUGCAGUCACCCUCUACGUGCUUCAUAAGAACCCAGUGUUGUUUGAGCUGGAGAAACGUGUCUAUCUCACAGGUAGGGUUAAAGUCUUCAUGUCUAUCUCACAGGAAGGGUUACAGUCAACAUGUCUAUCCCACAGGAAGGGUUAAAGUCUUCAUGUCUAUCUCACAGGAAGGGUUACAGUCAACAUGUCUAUCCCACAGGUAGGGUUAAAGUCAACAUGUCUAUCCCACAGGAAGGGUUACAGUCAACAUGUCUAUCCCACAGGAAGCGUUGCAGUCAACAUGUCUAUCCCACAUGUAAGGUUAAAGUCAACAUGUGUAUCCCACAGGAAGGGUUACAGUCAACAUGUCUAUCCCACAGGUAGGGUUACAGUCAACAUGUCUAUCCCACAGGUAGGGUUAAAGUCAACAUGUCUAUCCCACAGGAAGGGUUACAGUCAACAUGUCUAUCCCACAGGAAGCGUUACAGUCAACAUGUCUAUCCCACAGGUAGGGUUAAAGUCAACAUGUCUAUCCCACAGGUAGGGUUAAAGUCAACAUGUCUAUCCCACAGGUGGGGUUAAAGUCGACAUGUCUAUCUCACAGGUAGGGUGGGGCGGCAGGGUAGCCUAGUGGUUAGAGUGUUGGACUAGUAACCGGAAGGUUGCAAGUUCAAACCCCCGAGCUGACAAAUCUGUCAUUCUGCCCCUUAACAGGCAGUUAACCCACUGUUCCUAGGCCGCCAUUGAAAAUAAGAUUUUGUUCUUAACUAGUUAAAUAAAGGUAAAAAAAAAAAGGGAUACAGUCCAAAUGUCUCAAGUGGCAGAGAUGCACUGACCAUACAACUCAGGAAAAAAAUAGAAAUCUUGACUACUGUUGUUUUCCAAUGUCCCCGUUUUGCCAGCAUUCACAACAUGGCCUCCAGUGUUACAGAAGCUGGCUGGAGGGGCAGGUAAGGUUAUUUGUCUUACAUAAAACCUGGAUUGAUAUUAAUCAAUGUAUCAGUCAUUCACAUGUAUUCUGAAACUCUCAUGAGAUCCGCUUCUCCACAGAUCUCAUGCUGCCUGGAGUGGUGGUGCCUCCAAGUGGUCUCCCAGAGGUGAAGAAGGGGGACUUCUGUGCUGUUAAAGUUGUUAGCAACAGGACGCUAGACAAAAUGCAGCACUGCCACCAGCUGGUCUUCCCUGGCCAGCCACCCGUAGUAAAGAAGGGCCACAUUGAGCCCAUAGACAUCUCUGUGGCCUUCAGGAACUCCAACAAGAAGGUGACCAUGAUAAAGAACCUGGAGGUGUAUGGUGUGGACCCCAUGGCCGUAUCGUUAGCCCUGCAGCACAGUGUCCACGCCAGCUCAGCCCUGAACUCCGUCCCUGCCUCAAAGGACCGUGUCCUGGUCCAGAUACAAGGAAACCGGGUCCAGCAAGUCGGCAAACUGCUGCUACUGUCUGGGACAGGUCUUCACUGGAUGUCAAGAUAAUGCCUUGUCUGGAUGGAAAUCCAUGCCUCAGGACUACCUGGCAUGAUGACUCCUU